CACACAGUGAAGCAAAGAGUUGCACAGUCUUUCUUUCUGCCAGUUUUAACAUUUUCACUUUAUUUGCUGUAUGACCAGGAACAUAAUUUUAACUUCCGCUGAAGAAACUGACCCAAGCAUGGAGCUCGGAAAAGCCAAGCUUCUGAGAACAGGACUGAACACCCUCCACCAAGCCAUUCACCCGGUGCACGGAAUAGCCUGGACGGACGGUAAACAAGUUUGUCUCAUGGCGGUGUAUGCUGUUGACGGUGAGCCCACGUUUGGUGACACAAAUGUCAUCGGACAGUUCGAACACGUCUUGGGACUCUUCUGGGGGCCGCUGUGCUGCUCCGGGUCCCCGGCCCUGCUCGCCGUCCAGCAUAAAAAACACGUUACCGUGUGGCAACUUCAGCUAAGCGCCUUGGAACAGAACAAACUACUAUGCACGCAGACCUGCGAGAUGAGCGAGCCCUUCCCGCUGCUGUCCCAGGGAUGCGUCUGGCAUCCCAAAAUGGACAUCUUAGCUGUUCUGACCAAGCGGGACGCCUCUGUUCUGUUUUCCGUGCGGGUCGAUAAUCGCCGUGUGAAGGCCGACAUCAAGGGCAGCGGUUUGAUCCACUGUGCGUGUUGGACUAAGGAUGGAACCCGAUUGGUUGUUGCCAUCGGCAGUGCGCUGCACUCAUACAUUUGGAAUGAUAUUCAAAAAAGCCUGGUGGCUUGUUCCUUCUGCCCCAUUUUUGAUAUAGGCGGGUACAUCUGUGCCAUCGGGUCCACCGGCGAGACCCAAGUUGCCGUAGCGACCGAACUGCCUCUUGAUAAAAUCUGCGGGCUCAACGCGGGCAUCGCCUUUGACUUGCCAAACGAGUCCGAGCCGGAGUCAUCACGGCCAGCUCCCGUUCUCACGGUGGACGCUGACUACAAUUUGGACUCUAGAAGGAGGUCGUGUGAUUCAGAGCGCUCUGGACACGCCUCUUCAUUCGGACCCAUGGAUCUAACUCACAUUCUCGCCAAACACAGAAAGUCAGACCCGAGCCCGCUCAUUCACCUGAGGCGGCGGGAUCACCUGACCGGAUCCGGCCAGGACUCGUCCCAUCUGAUUUUGGUGACAUAUGAACGCAAGGUCACCACCACGAGGAAAGUCAGCAUCCCCGGCAUCUUGGUUCCCGACAUCAUCGCCUUCGAUCCGAGCGGCAGCACCGUGGCAGUGGCCUCGAACACUUGCAACAUGAUUCUGGUUUAUUGCAUCACAGAUUCCUCCAUGCCCAAUGUCCAACAGAUUGAACUCCAAAAGAACGAGAGGCCCAAAGGGGUGUGCUUUUUCACCAGCAACAUGUUGCUCUUUAUGAUUGGCCGCCAAAAGUCCAAUGAUCCUGCUUUCCUCCCCUCCUCCAACACGGACAAGUACAUCUUGAGACUAGUGGCGAAAGAGCUGGUAUUCGACGAGGACUCUGCCACGCCUGUAGUUCUAAAACCAGAGUCACCGAGCCAACAUCACGGGAUUAGAAGGCAUUCUGAGAACAUCUCCAAAGACGAGCGUUUAUCAAUUAAGGAUCUAAUUCUUCCAGGUGGUUUGGCCGUCGUUUCUCCCACCAGUAGAAGGAAAUUCAUCGAGGAGGUACGCAACUUAGAGCUCAGUCCCGUGGCCAGCUUGGCGGACUUCUUGGACAGAGCUACGUCUAGCUCCUCUUCGGUCACUCUGGAAAGCUACGACAUGGAUCACAUCAACCGCAUGACCAUGCUGGCUAUAGGCGGCCAGGCCAGCCGCGAUUCGAGUCGACCGUGUUCGCCCAGGUACGAGACCUCGGAGAAGAUGUACUCCGACGUCACUCCACCCAAGAACAGCUGUCAGUCUAAAGAGAAGAACCUGGAGCAGCUCACGCAGAACAUGGAGAGGAUCUUCAGCCGCUUCGCUGAUGUUCAGCAGUGCCUCUCUGAAAUCAAAGACUUCACGCAAAAUGGCAAGAAGAUGGCAUGAAGUUAUCCAUCUGCUUAUGAGCCGCAGUAUGUGCACAUCACAUGUCAGAAACAGUUGUCAGAGAAUGUUUAUACGGACGAGAGAAGGCACGUGCUGCUGUGUGGAGGAAAAAUCAGCCUGCAGGUGGUACAGGAGCUCUUCGGUCUGACGGUUGUGGAG